AUGGAGGGGCUAGCAGUAACCCUGGAGCGUCUCCGGGGGCGCGUCGGAGCUAGAGCCAGAUUCCGAUCCUUAUCUAGAUCUAGAUCUAGGUCUGCAUCUGCAUCUGGAUCCAGGUCUGGAUCUGAAGCCGGAGCCCGAGCAGUGGAGCCGCCGCUGCGGGCCGGGCAGUGGCUGGAGGGUCUGGCAGAGGACCUUGCGCAGCAGCCGGAUGGCAGCAUUGAAGGAAAGCUUGACUUUGAAAUGAGGAUGCGAGAGGGAAUACGCAAACUCCUUUCACUGAGUACUCAAAAAGACCAAAUCUUAGAGGUUGUUAAAAAUCUGAUGGUCUGCAAUGCCCGAAUAAUGGCCUAUACAGAAGAGCUCCAGAAACUGGAAGCGGAAGCCCCUGUGGUCCAUGAAGAGACAGAAAGACGAUGCAGGAAUGAAGCGGAAGCCCGUACGGCUUGUAAAGGAAAGGUUGCUCUCUCAGAUAUUCGAAUACCAUUAAUGUGGAAAGACUCUGAUCAUUUCAGUAAUAAAGAAGGAUCACAGCGCUAUGCCGUAUUUUGUUUGUUCAAGAUGGGAGCUGAAAUUUUUGACACCGAUAUGGUUAUUGUCGAUAAAACAAUCACCGACUUAUGUUUUGAAAAUGUAACUAUAUUUAAUGACGCUGGGCCAGACUUCCAGGUAAAGCUGGAAGUCUACAGCUGCUGUGCUGAAGAACCGUCCCUAGCAAGUACAUCGAGAGUGUUUGCCAAGAAACUGAGAUCGUCUUUCAGGAAGGCGAGAGCGAAAAAACUCAGUUGUAUGCAGCAAGAAAACGACCUUGACGAUGACUUUCACAUCAACUCGCAGAAACUGAGUGUAGAGUACAAUUUGCUUGCACAUACUACGUUGACCCUGGAACACACCGAAGAUAGUUUCAAGACUCAUCCUCUUACUAUUACUGGAAAUGAAGAGUCAUCAUUCUGGCUCCCCUUGUAUGGCAACAUGUGCUGCCGAUUAGCUGCUCAGCCAGCUUGCAUGACUGAAGAUGCAUUCAAAGGAUAUCUUAAUCAGCAGCAAAUAGUCCAAGAUGUGAUUUUGUUCAGAAGGUUCUACUGUGUGCUGAGAGGCAGCCAGCUCUUAUGCUAUUGCUGCGCAGAAGAAAUCGAGGCGAAACUGGAACCCACCUUGGUAGUGCCCAUUAACAAGGACACCCGAGUCUUCGUGGUCCCGAAGAAGGCGGAUCACUUCUCCAUCGUCAACAUCGAGGCUGGCCUGGGGGUCACCGAGGUCUUCUUGGCCGAUGACUCGGAGGCGUUUCACGCGUGGAUGGGAGCUUUCUCGCAGCAUUUCUUGGACUUCAGCCAAUGGAAGCAUUGUUGUGAAGAACUUAUGAAAAUUGAGAUUAUGUCACCACGGAAACCACCUUUGUUCUUGACAAAAGAGGCGACCUCAGUCUACCAUGAUAUGAGCAUUGAUUCCCCAAUGAAAAUGGAGAAUUUAACUGAAGUAAAGAAGAAAAAUGAAGAUACUAAAGGGAAGUUCUUUAUUGGCCUAGAGCGACCUUUAUCCCCAUGGGCUGCCAUAUUUGAUGGAACUCGUCAAAUGGUCAUCCAUAAAAAUGUUGUUGUGCUUCCCGCAAACGAACAAUUAAACAGUAAUGAUGAGAAAGUGAAAAAAAGGCGAGCGCCUUCGACUCCUUCGGAGAAGCCGCUGUGUAGCGUGAAAGGACAGACCAAGGCAGGCCAGUUGGACAAGGAAAACGUCUGGGAAGAGACAAGCUUUGUGUCUCGGACCUCCUUGUUGAGUACAUCGUCCUUAAUGCACCAGUUAUAG